AUGCGGUUCUCAAGUCAAUUCCUUUCGAUUUCUCUUGUGCUUCUCAGCACGUUUUCUCUUAUCACAGCAACACCUGUACCAUGCACAGAUAGAACACGCGAUCUCGUACUCCAGGGAAUAUUAGACCCGAGCGCAUGCUGCAGUUACGGAGUCUGCAAAGGAGAUGUGAACGUACAAGGAGGAUAA